UCACCCGAACAUCGCCAGUCCUCAGGAUGAUUUCUGGAACGAUCUUCUAAAGGUCAUGGUGCUUGAGGAGCAAGAAUGGGCGAGCUUCGAUCGUCAAAGGGUCGAUCGCCAGCGCGAACGUAUCGCAAGAGCUGAUUGGUCGAUGGACGUUCCGUGCUUGGUAGGACCCGGAAAAAGGCUAAAGCUUCCACUUAUGGGGAAGGCUCCGAAAGCGUGCCCAAGUUACGGUGAGAUUCUUCGCGCCCAAUUGAGGGGGAAGAGCUUUGGUUCUACGUCUGUGCCCGAGAAGAAGGAAGCUGAGCUUCAGGGGUCGCUGGUAGGAGUGACGACGACUGUUUCUACCGAUCCGCUGGUCGAGGGUGCAAACGACGGGCGACUGAUCGAACCUGCUCUGGAAGCUGACCAAUCGAAGAAGAAGAAAAAGAGGAAGAAGAAGAGAACCGAUAGGAGAGUGGCGGACAACUCCGAUGGUGAGACUGAUCCGGUUGAGAAAGAAGUGGUAUCGGGUGAUCGUUCUAUCGAUCAGGUGGAUGAAAAUGGAGAUCCUAUUGAGAAGGGAUCUGUCGCAUCGGCUGUUGGGAAAAGGAAGGACCCGAUCGGCGAGAGUUCUCUGGAACCUAGGGGCAAAAUAUUGAAGACGCUACAUGACCAUCUUAUUUCCUCUUCCAAGGAGAUUGCUCUUCCUGCUUCUCAUCUACUGCCUUGGGGAGGUUUGGGUCCUCCAUCCAGCAAGCUUCCAUCAGCCUCAUCCGAGCGUUGGACUUUCUGUCAUGACGCCGAUGGGUCGUUUGUUAACGAUCCUGACGCAUGCGCCAAGUUGGUAAGCCAGAUCCGAGUCGAUGGGCGUAUGAUGCCGCCGGUUUCUGAGCUCGUGUUUCCGGAUGGAUUCAUUCGGUCGGCCCAAGCAGAUGUUGAGGCUAUUUUCCGUAAAAACUUGCUUGUAUGGGACUAUGAACGGACGCUCAGGAGUAUGUCUUCGGAUCUUGCGACAGCGGGAGCUGAAAUUGAAGCCAAAGAUGCGGAGAUUGAUAGGCUGAAGGGGAGAGCUCUCGAGAAAUCUAAGGAAAUGAUUGCCGAGCGUAGCCGUUACUCUCUCGAACGCAAGCAAGAUGCUCGAGCGACCAAGGACCUUAAGGAAGCACUGGCGAUCGCUCAUAGUAAGGUUGCUCGAUUGGAGGCGGAGGCUGAGGAUCUGAAGAAGACGAUGGAAUUCGCAAAACAGGUGCAUCGACGCGACAUCGCUUCUCAGACGAGCCGUAUCUCGGCUGCGGCGAACGAAUGCUUCGAUAAGUUCAGGAGGUAUAUGAUUGAUCGGGACAGACGUGAAGAGAAACUUAUUCUUCACAGUGAGGCCUCCGGGACUUUAGCUUCGAUGGAUGUACUGAAAGAUUUUGGUACGACCAUCCCAAAGGAGCUCAUCGAUACCUUGACUGCUAACGAGGCGGAGUUCAGGAGAGAGAUGGAGGAAGUUACCGUCGAGGUUAUCACGGAGCAGGACUUCGUUCUUCCUCGCUUCUCCAGUCUUGUCGUAUCCCCAGGUUUGAACCAAUCUGACUCGAGCCAGGAGCCUACGGCCGCGGCAACAGGUGCUUCCUCUUCUGACAAGGUUGCCUGAAGAUCGAUCGCUGGAGACUGAUCAGCUGUGUGUUGUUGUUUCAUUAUUUACACUAUGUUGUCACUUUUUCUUUAGACAUCUUCUUUGAGUUUGUUGUACUCUUUAGACAUCUUUUUCUGUCCCUUUUUUUUUGUA